AUGGGAUCUAACGUCAAUAUUCUGGAUCAUGCAACUAUCGGGAAAGACGCCAUCAUCGAAGCCGGAGUCACCGUCGGGGCCGCAACCAGCAUUCCGCCCCACAGCAAACUCGUUUCUGGUCUGAAUAUCCCGGCUGGCAUCAACUUCCCUUCCGACAUACCCAUUGGAAGAUCCGAUGAGUUACUCAAUAAUUGGUGUCGUCUUUACAGGCCGGAAUUGGAAAACAAAGUCUCCUUCAACUGCCCUGUGAAGGAGCUCACCCACCCACGUGACAGUAAUAUCGAACAGCCUUCUCAUACGUCUGCUCGGCUACUCUUUGAGAGUGUCUUUGAGGGCCAGAGAGAGACUGUUCACGAUCUCAAUGAAGACGCGGCCACCAUCAAGCAGGAUUUCUCACAAUACGAUCCCGGCGAGAUGUUGUACCUCAGCCCACAUUGGCCACCCGAGCCCUACGGAAUCUCUCAUUACCCGAAUCCUGAUAACAUGUCUAGCAAUGACAAGAUGCUAUCGGAAGAAGAGGAGUGCAUGAGUCGGACAGAACUGGCAUUUCGCUACACUCCCUACGUACCCUUGGCGAAAAGGAAUAACGACGAUAGCGUCCUCUUGCCGACUGAUUCAGCCUACAGCGACAGCAAGAAGGGCAAGAAGAAGAGCACCUCGAAGUCCGAAAAGAAAGCAGAAGAUUUCCAAGUAAUGGUGGAAGUUAUCAGACUCAUUUGCGGCGGUUCGGAAGGGGGUUGUCAGGUUCUUCUUUGCAAGGUGAAGAAGGUUCCCCAGCGGGAAAUAUGGACAAUGAGACCCGAAAACAUUGACGAAUCAUCGUUGUACGGAGAGCCCUUGAUUGUUGAAGACCUAGUCGUCGUCAAGGUCUUCGACCCAUUGUUCUACGGCGACAUUUCGGGCACAGACAAGGGACCAUGGAAAGUCACAAUCAUUGCAGAUGGCGAUCUCAGUCGCGAGAAUGCCUCGUAUCAACACCUCUGGAAAGCAGGAAGAACUGGGUCUCCGCACCUCGCACCGCAGUAUCAUGGCUCUUGGACUUUUCCACUCACAACCGCUUAUCCAAAGUUCAAGGGUCAGACUCGCCGAGUUGGAGCAAUCAUGAUCGAGUACAUUCACGGCAAAAGCAUUGAAGACUUGUGUUAUCGCAACAAGCACUAUCACUUGGUGCCACCAACUGGUCCCACAUAUCUUGACUUCGAGAAGACCAAACAGCUUGACCUGACCCGGGAGGUUCGCCUUAAAAUCCUAAAAAGUUUCAUGAAGCACACUGUUCAUCAACUUCACGCAGGGGUCGAGCACUGGUGGCCGGAGCCGGAGAACAUCCUCAUCUCGACAGAUGAACAAGGCAAACCGCGAGUCGUCUUGGUUGAUUAUGUCAGUUCAAUGAUCGAUACAAAGCGGAAGGAGCCUUAUGAACUGUUCAAGGAUUACACCAGGCCUCCUCAUCCGUAUGGGCAGUUCUCCAUUGAGAAACUCGCUGACUUUGCCGGCUGGUUUCCUCCCGGCUGGCGGAGUGAGCAUCUCGACACCUGGGUUCUCCGAAGGUUUCAUUCGCUAGAGAACCGCGAUUACACAAACCCGUGGACCCACGAGAGAGGAACUAUGCACGAGCCGGAUUCAGACAGUGAAACAGAUUCUGCUGGAAUGUCAAAGCAGAGGUCGGAUACUCUGCUCGAUGUUCCCUUUGGAAAAGCGAAGAAGUAG